GUCAAAACACUUUGCGCGCUCUUUUUCUAACGUAGUUGAUCAUUUUUCACAUCUUUUCACACAUUUUAAACCAUAAACUAGAAAAUAAGCAUUGCUUUGCGCUAGUUAAUCAGAGCCACUAACAGCACGCAAAAACCGCGCUAAGCAUGGCCGCCGUACGACGCUCCACGCGUUUAAGCAGCAUCAGCAAAUCGACGGCAGCGGCGCCGUUGCCGACGUCACGACGCUCUGAGAUUUGGCGGAGGCGACAGACCAAAGCCGCAGAAGACAGCGAAGACGAGGACCGCGAUGAUAUCAUUAGUGUAGUUUCAGAGAAUAACGAAAACAGCAACCUGUUGAAUAAAAUGGAACGGACGGCGCGUCGCAGGACGGCCCCCCCGAAUGUGAUCCAAGAAGAGCCAAAGACGCCACGCAGCAGCAGCAAAAGGUCGGGGGCCAAGGCGGCCAGUCUGGCCCGGCGCGUGCAGGCCAACGAAGAGGCAGUAUUAACCUUUAACAUAAGCAGCAGCGACGAAGAGGAGCAGCAGGAUGCCCAUUCCCAUGUCUCGCCACCGAAGCAGCGGAAGCUGAAGCCGCUGCCGCAGCACUUGAUAAGUCCCUCGCGACUGUUGGAUAGACUGAGCAUAGAUGAACGCCAGGAGCCAGAGCACAAGACUGAGAAAAAGCAACAGGAGGAGGAGGAGCCAGAGCCAGAGCCUGCAGCUGCACCCUCGCCUCCUCGCAACAAAUACCAAAAUGCCAGACGCGUGCUGAACAGCGCAGAGACCCAGAAUCUGCCGGGGCGCGAGGCGCAACUCCAAGAGCUGCGCGAAUACUUCACCAGCCACCUGGAGAGCCAGUCAUCGGGCAGCUUGUAUGUGUCGGGCCAGCCGGGCACAGGCAAAACAGCCUGUCUAUCGCUGCUGCUGCGCGAUCCGGAGUUCUCGAAGCGUCUGCAACGUGUCUACAUCAACUGCACCAGCAUUGCCAGCGUGGGGGCCGUCUACAAGAAGCUCUGCGCCGAGCUGCAGCUGAAGCCAGCGGGUCGGACCGAACGUGACCACCUGGAGGCCAUACAGCGGCACCUGCGCACCGCCAAGCGCAUGCUGCUGCUGGUGCUCGAUGAGAUCGACCAGCUGUGCACGACCAGACAGGCCGUGCUGUACACGAUCUUCGAGUGGCCCGCCCUGCCGGGUGCCAGAAUUCUCCUGGUUGGCAUUGCCAACAGUUUGGAUCUCACAGAUCGGACGCUGACGCGUCUGAACGCGCGCUGCGAGCUCAAGCCCCAGUUGAUGCACUUCCCCUCGUACACCAAGCAGCAGAUCGUGGAGAUUUUCAAGUCACGGCUGGCCGAGGCGGACGUGCUGGAUGUCUUUCCCCCGGUCACGCUGCAGCUGCUGGCGGCCAAGGUGAGUGCAGUCAGUGGGGAUGUGCGACGCGCCCUGGACAUUGGCAGGCGAGUGGUGGAGAUAGCCGAGCAGCAGAAACGGGACGGCGAGCGCGAGUUCAACCUGAAGGCCUUGGAAUUGGCGGAUGGCCAGGAGAAGGAGGAGCCCAAAGAGGACAUCCUGAAGCCCGUUCAGGUCACCCAAGUGGCUGCCGUGUUGAACAAGGUCUAUGGAGCUUCGCAAAAUCUCGAGGAGGACAUUGAGGCUGCCUUUCCGCUGCAGCAGAAGCUGAUGCUGUGCAGUCUGGUGCUCAUGCUGCGCAACGAGCGCAACAAGGACAUUAGCAUGGGUCGCCUGCACGAGGUCUAUCGCAGGGUGUGCUCCAAACGGAACAUUCUGGCCCUGGAUCAGGCCGAGUUCACUGGCACCGUGGAUCUGGUGGAGACGCGGGGCAUUCUGCGCCUUAUGCGCAAAAAGGAGCCCCGCCUGAGCAAGGUAAUGCUGCAGUGGGACGAGGAGGAAGUGCAUGCGGCGCUCAGUGACAAGCAGCUGAUCGCUUCGAUCUUGAACGACACCGCCUGCCUGAGCAGGUGACGCGGUGAGCGCGCAAUACUGACGAUGAGGAUGAUUACCUACUAAUACCACCCACCUACCCACCUACAGCACCGAAAAUUAGUUUGCUAAACAAUUUCUUUAGUUAAUUGCGCAUUUCUCACAUUCUCAUUUCACCUUGGGGACGCGACUGCGACUGCGACGACAUAGAAUUUUGAGAAUACAUACAUACAUACAUACAAUACAAAAAUACACACUUUGACGCUAAAUUUAAAAUUUGUGGCUGUGGCGCAAGCAGCACUCAGAAUAUUUUGAAAUAUCAUUUGAGGGUCACUCUCGCGACUUUGGCUUUUAAUUGAAUCGAAUCGAAUCGCAUCGAAUCUUUAUGUUUUUCUGUCGUAAAUUUAAGUAAAUCUUUUGUGUUGACGAAGAAGCUCUGUAGGUUUAUUUUGUAUUCAUUUCCUGUUAGAUCCCAUAAGCAUAUAAGAAUAAAUAAGUUUUGCACCAUCCACCAAAAGUGAAAACAAUU